CUUCACCGUCCAUUACCGAAGCUAUAGAGAGAAGAAGAAGACGAAGACGAAGACGAGGAAGGAGAGAGAAGAUCUCUCUCUCUAACAGCCAUGGAAACCAGAAUCUCUGCCUCUCUAGGCCUUCCAUUGCCGGACCCAAACCACCAUAACCCAAACUCAAUACACUUUCCCAAUCUCUUCACCCAUUUCGCCGCCAUCAACACCCAUUCCCCCAAGCUUUUCGACACACUUCCUUUCGCCUCGGCCUCUACCGCACCUAGAUCUCCAAAUUGGUUCAGGCCCGCCACGAAAAACAACCCCAGAGUCCAGUCUCUCAUGAAGAGCCUCACCGUCUUCGAGCGUGCUGUAAUCGGAGCCGGCGCCGGUGGUAUUGCCGGGGCAUUCACCUACGUAUGCCUUCUUCCUCUAGACACCAUCAAAACCAAGCUCCAAACCCGAGGAGCCUCCGAAAUGUACCGGAACGCGUUCGACGCCGUCGUUAAGACCUUCCAGAGCAAAGGUAUUCUGGGGUUCUACAGUGGGAUCUCGGCCGUGAUCGUGGGCUCGACGGCUUCCUCAGCGGUCUAUUUCGGCACCUGCGAGUUCGGAAAAUCGAUUCUCUCCAAAUUCCCACAAUACCCUUCUGUCCUGAUCCCUCCCACGGCCGGUGCCAUGGGCAAUAUCGUCUCUUCAGCGAUAAUGGUCCCCAAAGAGCUCAUUACUCAGCAAAUGCAAGCCGGUGCCAAAGGCCGGUCUUGGCAGGUUCUCUUGAGAAUACUCGAAAACGAUGGCUUUUUGGGUCUCUACGCGGGUUACUCGGCCACAUUGCUGAGGAAUUUGCCAGCCGGGGUUCUUAGCUACUCCUCGUUUGAGUACCUCAAAGCUGCCGUCUUGAGCAAGACGAAGCAGACCAAUUUGGAGCCUUUUCAGAGUGUGUUUUGUGGGGCUCUUGCCGGAGCUAUCUCGGCUUCAAUUACCACGCCGCUUGAUGUGGUUAAAACUAGGCUGAUGACCCAACUCCAAGUUGGGGGAGCCCCUAAGGUGGCUUCUGCUGCCAUGUACUCUGGGUUCUCCAAUACAGUAAAGCAGAUUUUAAUGGAGGAAGGUUGGGUCGGGUUCACCAGAGGAAUGGGGCCUCGGGUUCUUCACAGUGCUUGUUUUUCGGCUUUGGGUUACUUUGCUUUUGAGACUGCUAGGCUUACGUUGUUGAAUCAGUAUGUAAAGCAGAAGGAGCUGCAAGAGUUGUCUUUAGAUGCUGUUCCCUCGAGUUGAGCUAUCGUUUUUCCUGGUGACAAUCUUUUUUUUUCUUUCUUUAAUGCAUUGUUGAUCUUUUUUGUUGCGAGUUUCAGAUUCAUUGCUGUAUAAAUAUUGAGAUAAUGGUCUCAAAUAACUGUCAUUUUAGUGGGAUGUAGUUUGCGAAUUUUGUAUAAGCUACUAAUAUUUGGAAUAUGUUCUGCAAAAUCAUGGCGGAUGACUCAUAUCAAUACAAAUCUGUUCUUAUUA